UUUUACUGUUAGUUAGCUCGUGCCCAUCAGGGCAACAGCGACACCAAGCCUCUGUUUUGUUAUACUCCAUCGGCCCAUUGCGAGCAGAUGGAAAUGGCAGAGGCGGCUGCCGGCGCCGGUACGGGCGGGCUGGAGGUGGCGGUGUUCCCGUGGCUGGCGUUCGGGCACAUGAUCCCGUUCCUGGAGCUCUCCAAGCGCCUCGCCGCGAGGGGCCACGCCGUCGCCUUCGUGUCCACUCCGCGGAACCUCUCCAGGCUGCCGCCCGUGCCGCCGCACCUGUCCGCGCACAUCCGCUUCGUGCCGCUGCCGCUGCCGGCCGUGGAGGGCUUGCCGGAGGGCGCCGAGGCCACGUCUGACCUGCCUCCCGACAAGGUCGGGCUGCUCAAGAAGGCCAUGGACGGCCUCGCCGGCCCGCUCGCGUCGUUCCUCGCGGACGCCGUAGCCGCCGGCAGGAGGCCCGACUGGAUCAUCCUCGACUUCUGCCACCACUGGGUCCCGCCCAUCGCCGACCAGCACAAGGUGCCAUGCGCCGCGUUCCUGAUCUUCCAUGCCGCCUUUAUGGCCUUUAUUGGGCCGCGGUGGGCGAACAGCGUGCACCCGCGGACGAAUCCAGAGGACUUCACCGAGCCGCCCAAGUGGAUCCCCUUCCCGUCCACCACCGUCUUCCUCCACCACGAGGCCCGGCGGAUGCUCGCGGACAACUUCGGUGAGAACGCGUCAGGCAAGUCGGACACUGACCGUUUGUGGGACGUGUUCGAGCGUUGCCGCCUCACCAUCCACCGCAGCUGUCGCGAGCUGGAGCCUCGAAUGUUCACCCUCCUCUCGGAUCUCUUGCGGAAGCCCGCCGUCCCCGCCGGGAUCCUGCUGCCGGGGGCGCCUGACGACCGUGACGAGGACCACCGGCACAGCAGCUCUGGCGGCGCCGACAGUCACCAGGUCCUACGUUGGCUCGACGACCAACCACCCAAGUCUGUCAUCUACGUCGGGCUGGGUAGCGAGGCGCCACUGACUCUAGAGAACAUCCAUGAACUCGCGCUCGGACUGGAGCUCGCCGGGGUGCACUUCCUUUGGGCGCUACGCAAGCCGGCCGGCACAAACAACAAGCAGGAGCUGUUGCCGGCCGGGUUCGAGGAGCGGACGCAGGACCGUGGGGUGGUCUGCACAGGGUGGGUGCCUCAGGUGAAGGUGCUCGCUCACGGCGCCACGGCCGCGUUCCUGACGCACUGUGGUUGGGGCUCCACCAUCGAGAGCUUCGGCUUCGGGCUUUCGCUGGUCAUGCUCCCUUUCCUCACCGACACGCCUAUGAUCGCGCGGGCGAUGGCGGAGAGAGGAAUUGGUGUGCUGGUGCCAAGGGACGGCAGUGACGGCUCAUUUGACAGGGACGGUGUCGUGGUGGCCGUGCGGCGCGUCAUGUCGGAGCAUGAGGGGAAGGUGUUCGCGACCAACGCCAAGAAGCUGAAGGAGCUUGUCGUGGACGAGAGGCGCCAGGAGCAGUACAUCCACGAGCUCGAGGAGCAUCUGAGACGCUACAAAGACGACAGGGGCAGUACAGCGGCGAGUUGAUUUGAUCGCUUAUCUAAUAAUUACAUCGAUGCUUUUUUCUUUUCUUAUCGAGGGCGAUCGAUUAUGUUGAUACUAGCUAGCACAACUGAACACUCCAACAACAAGCUGUGAACCCCCGCAAAAAAAAAAAAAAAAAAAAAAAAAAGCUGUGAAGUGCUAGCUGCAGACGUCAUGAUUGCACACAACAAACUAAGGUCCCAUAUUCUGUGCGCAUGCCUAUGUUCUUAGAAAAUAUGAAGUGUAUCCUUUUAAGUUGUUUCUAUUUAAGGGUAUUUAGGCCA